UUAAAUAGACCGGGCCGGAGCUCGCAUCGUCACAAACCACGCCAAAUGAAUAAAGCCCGUGCCCUAUCUUUCAGUACGAGAUUUUUGAUUGCACAAAACUCUGUUAUAUUUUACUGUUUGGUAUUUACAUCUGCGAAAUGUGCAUCACGCGUUAGUAGCGUGUAAAAGGAGGAAAAGGAGGCAGCAGCAGCAGCAGCAGCACUGACGUAAUGGCCAGCAGCUACCAUCAGCAUAUGAGUACCGAAUUGCAGCUGGCGGCGAGGAACGGCAACGUCGAGAGCCUGCGGUCGAUGAUUCACGAGAACCCGAAAAUCCUACUGUCGACGACGGUGCAGGGUCAGACCGCGCUGCACAUCGCCGCGCGGCUCGGUCACCGCGCCUUUGUGGAGGAGAUAUUCAAGCAGGACGAGUCGCUGCUGCGGCUGCGGAACGCCGACGGCGACACCCCGCUGCACGUUGCGGCGCGGUCGGGCCAUGCGGAGCUCGCCGACUUCCUGGUGAACUAUGCGUUGACGUGGCUGGAAGUCGAAGACGAUAACGAGAGCCCGCUGCGGGCGGUGAACGCGCGGGGCGACACGGCGCUGCACGAGGCGGUGAUCGGCCGGAACGAGCAGAUCGCGGUGAGGCUGCUCAACGCCGACCCCAGCAUGGGGCACGUGAUGAACAAGAGGAAGGAGACGCCGCUGCACAUCGCGUCGCGCGAGGGGCUGGAGAAGGUGGUGGAGAAGAUUGUGGCGCAUCCCUGGGUCGAGGAGCAGCAGGUAGUGGCUGAGACCAGGUCGCCCCUCUUCCAGGCCGUGCUCGGCGGACACAUCAAAAUCAUGGAGAUGUUUUUAGAUAAGAGAACUGAUUUCCUCAAAGCCGUCGACGAGUAUGGCAAUAACGCCCUUCACUACGCGGCCCAGAAAGACAACAAGAUGAUGGUCGAAAUGCUACUCUGGAAGGAGAAUUCCCAGCUCGCUUACCUGAGCAACAACAAUGGCUACUUUCCACUGCACGAAGCCGCCCUUUACGGCUGCAGCUCUGCCGUCGAAGAGAUCCUGAAGUACUGCCCCGACACUGCAGAACAAGUCGACUUCACCGGAAAGAAUGCUAUCCACAUCGCGGUCCAAAGCGGAAAGGUCGGGACGCUGCAGUGCUUGUUGAGACACAUCGAGCCGAAAGAGAUCAUCAACAAGGCCGACAAUGAUGGAAACACUCCUCUCCAUCUCGCGGCAAUGCAGGGCCGGAUUCAAUCGACGCUUAUACUGUCGAACGACAACAGCAUCGAUCCGUUCCUCCUGAAUAGGGAAGGCCAAACGGCUCGAAGCAUCUUAGAAUCCCACGGCAUUAUUGGUACAUAUGCGAUUAGAGCGCGGAAAGAGCUAAAGAAGAAAGAAAAUGAGAAACGUAACAAGCAGCACAUGCCCCCAGCUGCAGCCUCGGAAACAUUCCAACAGGAAGUGACCUUGCGAUACUUCGAGCAAUGCAUUAACACAUGCAGUCUGAUCGCUGCACUCAUCGCGACCGUCACCUUUGCGGCAAACUUCACCGUGCCGGGCGGCUUCAACCAGGAUUAUGGCACGGCCAUCCUCGAGAAACAUCUGGCUUUCAAGGUCUUCGUGAUCUCAAACACGAUCGCUAUGUGUAGCUCCCUCGCUGUGCUCUUCUGCUUCAUGUGGGCAUGGAUGGAACCGGCGCAGUUCACUUUCAACCAGCUUCGAUGGGGCCAACGGCUCAUGUUGCUCGCAUUUCUCACGAUGCUCAUCACUUCGAUGACCGCCGUGCACCUGAUCCUCACCCACAGAUGCCGAUGGUUGUCGAUUGUUGUGAUUCUGAUAGGAUGUAGCACUCCUGUGGUUGUCGGGCUUAUACUCGGCCUCAAGCUCUUGGUUGCAACGAUGAUCAAGUGAUCCCUUUAAUUCUUCUAUGUUUUGUUUGAAUGCUUGGCGAGUACAACAAAUUGGGGGCGCUACCAAAAUCAUGUAAAAGGCUGUGAUGUUUGGAUGUUGUAAUAAUUAAGUUAUCCUGGAAUAAUUUUUUCAGUAUAAAA